AGAAAGUGGGCGGGCAGCUUUAAUGGAGGCAGCCGACGAGGCGCAAGGACCGGGAACCAGCACUAAUGCGCCAUCUCCUGCUCGCAUGCAUCGCCGGGGCAGCCCGCGGCAGCAGGCUAGCCAUCGAUUUCAGCACCGACGAGGCGUUUAGCAUCACAAUCGAUGGCACACAGUGGCUCCACGGCGGCGGCGCGAGCCUAAGACAACAACGGCUCCGACCCAGCGGUCCGUGGCGACCGAUCAAAGGCGCCGACGCGCGAGGAAAGUACAAGGGCCGCGCGCGGCGCUACGGCGCGCUCGAGGCGAGCUACGCUCUAUAUGACAACGCCGUCGUCUUCACGCAGCGGUUCCCCGACGGCGCCACCGUGUCGCCGCGCGGCGUCGAGGGGUUGGCCAGCGAGUGGCCCGUGCUCGGGCCGAGCGCGCAACGGCUCGGCGUCUUGACCUUUGGCGGCCGGUUCAUGGAGACGAGCCGUGCGACGAAGUGGACCGGCGCGGGCUCGGUCGAGAGCGGCGCCUACGGCGGGCCUUUCGUGCUCUUCGACGGGAAAGGCGACGCGCUGGUCGUCUCGGCUGCCACGGAGUUUGCAGCACACUCGCACGCAGCCUCAACGCAAAACGCUUCGGCCGUCGCCUUCGGCGUGCUCGGGUCCGUGACCAAAAUCCCCAGAGGCUUCGCCGUGGCGACGGUGCUCACGCUGGGUCAGGAAGGUAUUACAUCAGCCGUGCGAACCCACGGCCGGGCCCUCCUGGCCGGCACGGUCCGCCCGCCCGACUACGCGACGCGUUAUUUAGGCUACUCGACGGACAACGGCGCCUACUAUUACUACAAUCCAAGCAAGGACUACGGGACGACGCUGCGGGCGGUCCGCGCCUACGCCCAACGCGAGCGGAUCCCCUACCGCUACGCUCUCCUGGAUAGCUGGUGGUAUGAAAAAGGCUCGGGCGACGGAGUCCGCAACUGGUCCUGCACCGCGCAAGCGUUCCCGCAAGGGUGUCAGGGUCUCUCGGAAGAGCUCGAUUGGAGGUUCAUGCUACAUAAUCGCCAAUGGAGCUCCGACAACGUCUACCGGGGCGCCUAUGACUUUGCGGUGGAGCCGCCGCUGGCGCUGCCCCUCGAGCAGCGGUUCUGGGACGACCUCAUGCGCAACGCGUCCGACUGGGGUAUGAUUGUCUACGAGCAGGACUGGCUCUACACGGAGUUCCUCGGUUUGAAUGCCACUCUUCUGCAGUCGGCGACGGGCGCGAGAAAGUGGCUCACGCAAAUGUCGACCGCGGCGUCCCGCGUGGGCGUGACGGUCCAGUACUGCAUGGAGAUGGCCCGUCUCGUUCUCCAGAGCGCGACCCUGCCAGCCGUGACGCAGAUCCGCGCCUCCGACGACUACAACCCCGCGGGCGAUUCUGGAAAUUGCACGCCGCCAGCGUGCAACCCGCCCGUACAAGUAGAUACCUACUACAUCGGCACGACGUCUUUAUUAGCUUGGGCGCUGGACCUAGCGCCGUCGAAGGACAGCUUCUGGUCGACGUCGGCCCAACCGGGCAAUCCUUACGGUGAUGUGGCCGAGCGCUACCCCGCGAUGCAGGCCGCCGUCGCCGCGCUGUCGCGGGGACCGGUCCAGGUCUCGGACGGCGUCGGGUACUCCGAUCGCGAGCUGAUUAUGCGGACCUGCGACGAGGCGGGGCGUCUUCUUCAGCCGUCGCGGCCCGCGACGGCGUUAGACGCUGCCUUCCACCGCUCUGCGGGAGUCGGCGACGGUCCACUCGCCAGAUUUCCAAACGUUUUGCCCAUCACGGCCACGCAUACGCGCAUCGACGGCUGGAAAUGGGCCCAUAUUCUUGUGAUCAACCUCGAGGAGCCGUUUAUGCUCCUGCCGGCGCAUCUCAGACCAACCGACCUGGGCGCCGGCGAGCACGUCGCCUACUCUCUCGCGGCCGCGUCGACGGCGUCGCAGCGACGUGGUGAUGCCUUGUCCGUGCUCGGAGAUUUUCGGGACGGCAUAGCCAUCCCGGCCUGCGGCGCGGGCGACUUCCGCCUCUACCACGUCGCGCCGCGGCUCGCGAACGGCUGGGCCUACCUCGGCGAGCUCUCAAAGUUCGUCCCCGUCGCCGAGGCCCGCACGCGGUCUUUGCGGUUCGACGUCAAUAGCGUGUCUGUCUCGCUCUCUGGCGCAGCGAGCGAGGAAGUUGUUGUCACGUUCCUCGCGCCGAACGGGACCGUGGUCUCCGCGGAGUGUGUGUUGUCGGCCGCAGGGCUCGGGGAGGUGAUUGUGGGUUAAGUAUGUCAUGUGCGAGUA